CAAAAAAUUACAAAAAAAUAAAAUUAAAUUGAAAACCCAAAUUCACCGUUAAUAUGGAAAUCGGCAUCCCACUUGCAAAUGAGCUCGAGGUUCGCAUUUCGGAAGCUUUCUGUGUUUUUGAUCAUCACGGCGAUAAGUAUAUAGACACUCGUAAUAUCGGUGAUGUGCUACGAUUUUUGGGCUGUGUUCCCUCAGAAAAGGAAAUCAAUGCGAUUAUCAAAGCCACUGACUCUGUGGAGAAUCCGGGAGAGACCUAUUUGCCAAAAUUUAUUGCCCACGUUUCACAUUUGUUAAUGAAUCGAAAAAUGGAGCCAGCCAGUCCCGAAAAAAUUUUAGCUGCAUUCGAAGUUUUAGAUCCCGAAAACAAACGCUUUCUUACGAAGGAUUACUUUGGCAAAUUAAUGAGCGAGGAAGGAGAGCCUUUUACCAAAGAUGAAUUGAAUGCUAUGUGGCCAGUGGCAAUAGAUCCAAUCACGGGAAAUAUACCCUAUAUAUUCUAUAUUAAUCAUUUGAAGCACAAAACUACAAUAUACGAUAUUGCUGAAGUAGUAAAGGAAGAGCACGCCGCCAACGAAAAGGAAAAGAAGAAAGAACGCAACCCAAUGCCACAAAUGCCACACAUGCCGUAAACUAUUCAAUUGACAAUAAGACUAUAGAUUUCGAAAUAAAAUUACAUGUAUUGAGCCGAAACAAGUGAAUUCAAUUCUACGAU